AUUGCUUGUAGGCCUUUGCACGUAUCAUCGACUGUGUUUUUAAAAUAAACAGGCCACAAUAAUUUUAGGCUGUCGCAGAAGUAUGGCUGAACAAAUAGAGACAAUAUUAAAACAUGCCGCACGUAGUGUGGGAGAGGGGCCACACUGGGUCGAGAGCACCCAGUCGCUGCUCUAUGUAGACAUCGCUGAUGGUGACAUACACCGAUGGGACUCCAAGACGAACAACGAUGAGAAGGUUACCAUGGGAACUCACGUAGGGUUUGUCAUACCACAUUCAAAUGGAGGCUACGUGGCCGGUGUUGGGAAGAAGAUCGUGCACUUCCAAUGGGAUUCUCCACAACAGGGCAAGGUCAUUGCCGAGGUCGACAAGGACCAGCCAAUUAACCGGUUCAAUGAUGCCAAGUGUGAUCGCAAAGGAAGACUAUUUGCAGGGACUAUGAUGAUUGACGAUGCACACAGUGACCAGGUCCCAGAUUCAGGGAAUCUCUAUCGUUUGGAUGGAGAUGGCAGUCUUACCUUGUUGAAGGACAAGGUCUUUAUAAGCAAUGGGUUGGCUUGGAGUCUCGACAACAAAACGAUGUACUACAUCGACUCGAUGCCGUAUCCGUCACGAUUAUACGCCUUUGACUACGAUGUGGACACAGGGAAUAUAGCUAACCAAAGGACUCUUCUGACCUACGACAAGGAAAAUGGUAUUUUGGAUGGGAUGACAAUGGAUUCCGACGGGAAUCUUUGGGUUGCUAUAUUCGGGGCGAGCAAGAUCAUCCAUGUUGAUUCAAAAACAGGGUCCAUUCUCCGUGAAGUUGUCCUCCCAGCCAAGAACAUUACCUCGUGUUGUUUUGGAGGCAAAAACUAUGAUGAACUCUAUGCUACAAGCUGUGUGUUUGACGGCGGGAACCCAAGAGAUAUGGACCCACUGGCCGGAUCAGUAUUUAGAAUCAAGGGGCUUGGAUGUAAGGGGAUGCCACCCAAUGAUUAUGUUGGUCAAUAAAGCGACUAGGGAAAGUUAAGUUUCGUAGAGCAUUAACGAAUUUGUCGGAAUGAGCGUGAAAAUAGAAAUUAAGUUGCCACACGAACAUUCUUCUUUGGACUGACACUGACUUAUACGGUGGCUGGGAAAGGACAUCACAUGAUCCUUUUUUAACAUAAUGAAACUUAGUGAAGCUGAAAUGUGCUCGGUUCUCGCUUGGUGGGAAAGGACAUCACAUGCACCGUAGACUUGUUUACGAUAAUGGAAUAUUUUGAAUGGUCUGAUACAAUUCUAUACCUUUCCCUACAUUGUUCGUCAGCAGAGGCAAGACAAUUCUCCAAUGUCGGUUGGGAUUAUGGUCAAAGAACAUUGAGAAGUAGAGAAACAUUUGAAAUAGUCGAAAAUCAAGAUUCUGCACUUGCUAUCAUUAUUUAAAAAACAUAGAUUUUUUUCGAGGCGGAUGUGAUUAUUGAAAAUUUGGCUGAUCCACCGUUUUCCUUGACUAUAAUUCUGAUUUUCUCGCUUUCGCUGGUCUGAUGAUGAUAAUGAUGGCUAAUUGUAGGCAGUGUCGGUUGGAUAGGAUCAAAUUCGGAGUAGACGCUACCUAAACUGCAGAUAAUGGGGUCGCAUGAGAAUAAUUAUCUCUCGUCGAAAUUUCAGCUUGCCUGUCAUGGUUUCACACAUGAUCACAUCCACACCGUACGCACACCAAGGAUGACGCGAUGUCAAAUCGAUGGAUGCCGUCGAAAUCAAUCAUGUGAUCAUAUUUUUGGCUUCAGGUGGUGAUUAAGUUGAAAUAAGCUUGCGGCUAGCACACGCGCAGUAUCUUUACAUGGAAAUCGCCAAUCUAUGAUAGCAGUUACGGUCGCUGUAUUAGUGUAGACAUCAAGACCAAGGUGACGAGUUUGAGUUUGUAAAGGGAACUCCUGCGGUGUGUCAACUCCAAGAUUUUCAGAUGGUUUUCAGGUGAUGACAAUAAUGGCGGCUCUUGUAUAGCGCUUUUUCUCACUGACCAGUGUGUGUACCGAGAGCUUCACAAGAGCUCUCACUAUUACAGAUCGCCACAUGCAGGAAGCCGUCAUUUAAGAGCUUACCUGAGCUCGACCCGUUUAAAACAUUUUCUGCAUUGCAUAAUUUCCCAACAUUUCGUUUCUCAGUUGUAUUAAUUUGUCAGUUUUGCAUUGAAAGUGAAGCCCUAGACUACUCAUCCUCGUAUACUCCGGUUUUCAAUACAUCCCACCUAUAGUCUAA